AGAGAUUGCCAGCUCAGCAGGCUGAGUUUUCUAACUCGUGAUUAAACAUUUAAUAUACACAAAUAUAUAUAUACAUAUAAAUUACGAUGAAACUAAAGAACAAAAUUAAAAAAUCUUGUUUCAGUUUUUAUACUUUUUUCAUUUUAUAAAUUGCACUCAUCAUAAAGCAUUAAACUUACUUUGCCAUAUAUGGGAAAACAACAUAAUAGCAUUGUUAUUCAAUGUUAUGUUAUUCUUUUGACGCCUCAAAACCAGUCUUCUUAUAUAUACUGAAAAAGGGAGGAGUGAAGUAAGAUCGGCGGCGAUUUGGAAGCGGCGGUUAUAGUCUUUUUUUUUUGCUACCGAAUAUAUUUAUUAUUUUUUUCGAUUAACCUUUUUCAUUAAAUUUAAUCAUCAUGAGUGGUAUAGUAAGAAAUUCUAAAUACAGGCAUGUAUUCGGUAAAGCAGGAAAAAAAGAGGAGUGUUAUGAAGGUUUUAACCCAACAAACAGUGCUUCAGAUGGUAAUUUUAUUGCUGCCAACGAAAAGUUUAUAGCAUGUUGCAUCACUGUUGGUGGUGGUGGGGCAUUUAUUGUCAUUCCUAUUGAAAAAACUGGCCGGCUUGAACCUGAUUUUCCUAAGGUUUCUGCCCACAAAGAGUUUGUGCUUGAUUUACAGUUUAACCCUUUUAAUGAUAAUAUGCUAGCAUCAUGUAGUGAAGAUGGCACUAUUAAGUUAUGGGAUAUUCCAGAUAAUGGUUUCGUAACCAAUAUUGAUGAUAGCAAAGCACUUCUUACUCUUGAAUAUCACGAACGAAAAUGUUGUCAGUUGGCAUGGCAUCCAAUUGCAUCUAAUGUUUUACUAAGUGUUUCACAAGAACCAAAGGUAUGCAUAUGGAAUCUUGAAGAAGGUGUUGCUGAAGUUGAAAUAACAUCUCAUCCUCAAUUAAUCUACAGUGCAUCAUGGAGUUGCAAGGGAGAUAAAAUUGUAACAAGCUGUAAAGAUAAAAAGUUUAGAAUAUUUGAUGCUCGGUCUGGUGAUUGUUUAGUGGAAGGAGGUGGUCACGAAGGGUCAAAACCAAGUCGUGUUAUUUUUACAUUUGAUGACACUCUUCUUUUUUCUACUGGUUUUUCUAAGAUGAGUGAGAGACAAUAUGCAUGCUGGGAAAUUAGCGGAAGUUCAAUUAAUAAUCUUGAUCAAGUAGAUUUGGAUACUGCAAAUAAUGUGUUAAUCCCAACAUAUGAUGCUGAUACACAAGUUGUCUUUCUUAGCGCCAAGGGGGAUAGCAACAUCAGAUAUUAUGAACUUGUGAAUGAAAAGCCCUAUUUCUACUACAUUGAUACAUAUACAACCAAUGCACCUCAACGAGGUCUUGGUGCAAUACCUAAACGCAAUGUCAAUGUAAAUAUUUGUGAAAUUGCAAGAUUCUACAAAUUGCACAGUGUAAAAACUGGUUACAUUGAACCUACAUCCUUUUGUGUUCCAAGAAAGAGUGAACUUUUCCAAUCAGAUCUUUAUCCAGAUUGUGUGAGUGUUGAACCAGCAUUAGAAGCUGGCGAAUGGUUUGAGGGAAAAGAUGCUGAACCUCGCCGCUUAGAUAUGAAGGAAUUGUUUCAAUCUAAAACAAAGACAAAAGCUGUUUCGUCUGGUGGCUUAAAGAAAGUUGGUGGUUUGAAAGGUUUGAAAGCCAAAAAAGAUGCCAAAACAGCUGCAAAAUCUGAAACUAAAAAAUCUGACGACGUUAAGAAAACAGCUGAACACACCGCUGAAGAAUCAUCAGUUGCUGCUACUUCAAAAGAAUCCCCACAUUUACAGAAGAGCUCUGCAGUUGCAUCUCAACCAGCAAUCGAUUCAAAAGAGGUUCAUGAUUUAAAAGAAGAUAUAAGAUUACUUAAAGAAGCUGAUAAAAAAAAUCAAAAAGAGUUAAAAGAAUUAAGAGACAAAAUUAAAGAUUAUGAUAAAAUUACGAAUGAUAUAAAGCUGUUGUGCGAUGCCGUUAAAAAGAACGACGAAAGGAUUUCCGUCUUAGAAAAUAUGGUCGAAUCGGAAGAAGAAGAAGGUGGCGAAUGAUUUUAAAUAAACUUAUCAAAUGGUGCGUAAAAAAUUAAUUUAAACCUAUAAUCUUUUUAUUCAAGAACAGAGGGUUCUUCAUUUUAUAACUCGUUUGGUCAUUGUCGAGUUUAUAAAACUUUUUUUAAAGAAUGCAUUUUCCAAAUUGUCUUAGGCAUAUAUAUUUUUUGUUGAUAAAAAUGAAAUUAGUCCUUUUCAAGUGAAGAAGUGUUUUUGUUUCGAAUUGUGUUUGUAUAGUUGUCGUUUUUAAAAAUAGAUUGUAUUUUAAAAGUUAUUGUAAUUUUAAGUGUUUUUUUUUUUUUUUUUUUUCUAGUGUGUUUUUUUGUUUUUAUAUUUAUAUUUUGUUAAUUAUUCUAAAUUAAAGAGUUUGGUUUUGAAUUUUUAUCCAUUGGUAAUGGAAAAUUACUAUUAAA